AUGUUCUGGAGCAAGUCUGAGAGCCCAAUUCGAAUCCUGGGCACGCUUCGAAUCCUGCGUAAUAAUGGAGAAGAAACUUUGUUGAGUUUUGGAGACACUGAUACAGUGCUCGCACUCAAGAGGAGGCUUAGAGAGCUUCUUGUGACGGGCAGCGAGCCGGAGCUUGUGACUGGCAAGGAGCUGACGCCACCAUGUUCUGCCAUGCGAUUGAUCUUUGGUACUGAUGUUUUGUUGGAUAACUGGGUCUUGGGUGAUCACGGAGUGGUUGAUGGAGACCAGCUGACGCUGGUCUUUUCACACGCGCCUUUGGGGAAAUUUGACUGCGUUCUGGAGACGGAUGAUCCGGAUACAUGGACUCUGGCGACCGCAUCAUUUGCGCAAGAGGGUGAUUGUUGCAUCAGCAUCGUAGAGGAAGACAUGAUUUCGAUUGACAUAGAAGAUGAGUAUGACGAGUAUGACCCAUACCUUAAUGGAUCCAAAUGGGAACAUUGGUACAAUGGUCCGGUGGAAGUUACCGGGUCUCAAUUGUGCAUUGUAGUCGAGAGCAGUCAUCGCUUGGGCUUGUUCGACUCAAUCCCAGAGCCUGGUGUCUUGCUUGGCGAGAUGUGCGAUGACGCAACAGUCAGACUUCAGUUGCCCUUUGGUUUGAGCCGUGUCACUGGUGAAGAACCCUUGAGAUGGAUCACACUACGAAAGGAAGAACGCAAAAUCUGUUCUUACCCUUCAACUGACGAAGACAGGCGACUCCCCGGCGGCGCAGUGAAUCCUGUUUGA